CUCGCUGUGACAUGGCGUCGCGAGUCCGCCCGAUCAAGCUCGACAACAUGUACCCGAUCAUAACAGGGCUGGUCGCAGCGUUGGCCAUGACUACAUUCAAAGGAUCUACCGCAGAGACCGAACAUGUCCACUUCCGCAUCAUUGUCCCCGAGUACGUCAACACCCACACCCACACCAAGACGGUGUACGUCGUGCCUCAGCAUGGCGAUCACGGCGCCACGGCUGAGGCGGGGUCCCUCCACGGCGUGGGCUCGGGUCCAGGCGUCGGCCUCGGCAGCGGACUAGGCGCCGGAGAGCCCCGCAUCCCCUCAGAGCCCAUCACCGUCAGCGGCGUCAGCGCACCCGAGACCGCCGUCGGGGGCCCCGGGGUGGUGACGCCCAUCGUCCCGGGGUCGCUGCUCAGCCCUGAACAGGUAGCCGGCGGCCACCAGACGAUCCUCGGGGGGCUGCUGCUGCACCACAAGAGGCACGGCAAGGCCUGCAAGGGGCACGGCUGUCACCACGGACACGACAAGGGACACAAGGGACAUGGGCACGGACAUGGCUGCGGACAUGGACAUGGAGGGGGUGGCCACGGAGGGGGACAUGGUCAUGGACAUGGGCAUGGCCACGGUGGGGGAGGCAAGGGGCAUGGCCAUGGCGCAGGGGGUCACGGGCAUGGCCACGGCGGAGGGGGUCAUGGGCAUGGCCACGGCGGGGGAGGCAAGGGACAUGGCCACGGAGGAGGGGGGCAUGGCCACGGCGGAGGGGGUCACGGACAUGGCCACGGCGGAGGGGGUCACGGACAUGGCCACGGCGGCGGAGGACAUGGACAUGGCCACGGCGGUGGGGGUCAUGGACAUGGAGGUGGGGGCCAUGGGCAUGGGCACGGCCACGGCGGCGGUGGACAUGGGCAUGGCCACGGUGGAGGAGGGCAUGGCCAUGGCCACGGUGGAGGAGGGCAUGGCCAUGGCCACGGCGGUGGGGGCCACGGGCAUGGCCACGGCGGCGGAGGACAUGGACAUGGCCACGGCGGAGGAGGACAUGGACAUGGAGGCCAUGGGCAUGGGCACGGCGGGGGGCAUGGACAUGGCCACGCUGGAGGAGGUCAUGGGCAUGGGGGUCAUGGAGGAGGGCACUGCCACGGUGGGCACGGGCACGGGCAUGGCCACGGGCAUGGCCACGGGCAUGGCCACGGGCAUGGCCAUAGCCAUGGGGGGAAGCAGAUCGAAGGCAAAUCCACCCUCAUCUGCUCUCACGGGCACGGGCCCGGCAACGAGCUCCUGUGCGUCGAGUCUAAGAACCUGAUCCAGGACGAGAACAAUGAGUCCAAACACUUCUACGAGCACGAGUCUUACGGGGCCAAGGACGAGAAGUACAAGAAAAAGGAGUCGCUAAAGCACGCCGCCCAGGAGGUGUUGGACGGGUACACGGAGACUCACAAGAAGGACAAGGGAGGGAGCACGACGGGGCACUCGGCUGCGCUCGUCGCCGCAGACCCCGGCCAGCCCGGCGAGGACAAAAGCCAGCUGGCCGACGAGGCGCCCACGGUGUCCGCCGAGGCCAGCAACCCAGGCGCCAGCGUGGAGGACCACCCCGUCGGAGUUGGACACGUGGCAAGUUUCCAGCAGGUUCAAAAAAACAUUAAAAUCAAAAUUGAAUAGG